UUUAGAAUAUAUUCUCUCUCUGUAAAUAACCUUUAAAAUGAGCAAUGAUGAAACUAAAAAGGUUUUUCUUUUAUUUUUUAAAUUUCAAAUUUCUUUUUACUUCUGGGGCAAUAGCUGGAGCUAUCGCCAAAACUGCAAUAGCUCCAUUAGACAGAACAAAAAUAAACUUUCAAGUCAAUUCCUCGAGACGUUAUUCUUUUAAAUCGGCCCUUAAAUUUGUUAGACAUACUUAUAGAGAAAGUGGAUUCUUUGCUCUUUAUCGUGGAAAUUCUGCUUCUUUGGCAAGAGUUGUACCUUAUGCAGCUAUACAAUUUGCGGCCCAUGAAGAAUACAAGAAAUUAUUGAAAGUUGAUAUUGAAGGUUCAACACCCUAUCGACGAUUUUUGGCUGGCACACUUGCAGGCGUUACUGCUGUUAUUUUUACAUAUCCAUUAGAUACUGCCAAAGCUCGUCUUUCUGUCUCAACAAAACAAGAAUAUGAAAAUUUAAGGGCUGUUUUUAUCAAGGAAUGUAAAACACACGGAUUUUUAACUUUCUAUAGAGGCCUUUACCCGACUCUUUUGGGUGUAGUGCCUUAUGCGGGUCUUUCGUUUUUUACUUACGAGACGCUCAAACUUAUUUACAAAAAAGAAUUUGGUGAUAAACCAAUGCAUCCUUUAUUGCGUAUGAGUUGUGGUGCUGUCGCGGGUACAAUAGGACAAUUUUCUUCUUAUCCACUCGAUAUAAUAAGGAGAAGAAUGCAAACAGGAAAAAUUGGUCCAAACAAAAAUGUAAUUCGUGUACUUGUUGAAAUUUGGAUUUUUGAAGGAUUGUUUAGAGGACUUUACAAAGGAAUUAGCAUGAAUUGGAUAAAAGGUCCUAUAGCAGUUGGCAUCAGUUUUACAACUUAUGAUUUAUUAAGUAUUCCUUUAAAGCGGUGGUGGACUUCUCGAGUGAUUAAUUGA